GGCCUCCCUUGGGCUCACCCUUCUCUCUCUCUGUAUUGUAGAAGUAGAGGUGGGGAGGGAGAGAACGUUCGGGGUUUGUUGGUUCCCUUCCAGACAAUGGCCAGCGGUGGGCGAACCCAACUCUGCCGCUCUCUCGUCCUCUUCUCUCUGAUCGCCCUCCUUUCGACGAAGCUCUUCUCUGCCUGCAUCGCUUCCCCCCAAUUCGAAGGUUUCGGUGACGAAGAGGAACCGAUCGAGGAGACGGAAGAACUCGAUGAAACCAUCACUUUCCGCUCGACUUCACACCCCCCCAUCACCCAUUCAUCAGAUUUCCAACCUCCUGAAUCGGCAGAAACAGCCGACCAGACUCAAGAGGGAGAGCAGCAGCAAACGCCGCCGCCACCAUCUUCGGUUGCGUCAACGUUCGAGUACUGGGAUGAGGACGAAUUCGAGGGAAUUCCCAUGCACAACCAACCCACCAAGGAGGAAGAGCCCCAACCGGAAGAAACCCUGAAAAAUCAGACGGCCGACGACUCCCCUGUUGCUCCUUCCAGCACUAGAAGAUCCUCGUACCAUGUGGAGAUGAUCUGCGUCAGCUUCCUAAUCGCCUUUGCCGUGAAUUACUUCACCGGGAAGCGGGAGAACGAGAACAUAGCGUUAGCGUGGGCGGCGCAUUUCGCUACCAAGGAUUCCAUCUUCGAGAAGAAUUUCAGCCUUCUGGGCACCGGCGAUGGCAAGGACACCCCUCUGCUUCUCAAGGAAGGGCAGAACGUUUUCAAAUUCUACGCGAGCGGGAGGAGGUUCUGCCAGAGCCUGUUGGCCACCAUGGAGUUGCAAAGCCGGCACGACCUCAUCUCGAGGCUCUACAAUUUGGUCGUUCCUUGCAAGGACCAGAUCACCUUCGAGGUCUUCAUGAACGACGACAGCAUGGAUCAGGUGGUGUUCGCGUUGGCGAAGAAGAAGGUGGCGAAGGUGAUGCAUAAGGAGAGCAAAGAUCUGCAGAGGUUCGCCACCUUGCUUUCUCCGCCGGCCAACAGGAAGUGGGUGCCCGAUGAUUUGACUGUCAUAUCGGAAUCGAGGGAGGUCGCUUCGGAUCUGAUCAACGAUGCUGUGCUUGAUCAGGUUUUUGGUGAAAAGGCAUUUGAAAAGUUUGGGAAAAGCUUCAUUUCAUUGCAUUUCUCUGACCAAUAUCCUGGUAGUCAAAGGAAGGUGUUGAUUUUCAAGUUCACCCUUCCUCCAGCAAACAAAAUGUCUGACAUGACCAGAUUGGUUCUUCUCGUGCCAUACUAUAUUGAUUUAAUUGGCCGUUACAAACUGGGUUCUCAGGCUCGUUCUAAAGCAGAAACUGCUCGAGCUAAGCUAGCUCAGGAACUGUUUAAAGAGCUGCAAAUUGCUAGGCAGGAAGCAUUACAGAAAAAGAAAGCAGAACGUAGGAAGUUGGUGGAAGAAGCUGAAUCUAAGCUCACUGCUGAGGCAAUUCGUAAGAAAGAAGAGAAAGAACGAGCUCGGCAAAUGAAGAAAGCAAUGCCAAAGGUCAAGAUGACCCGUGUGCACUAGCCUGCUUGACUUUCUCGUUUCACAUAUAAUCACAUCAGGAAGCUUUUUUUGUACGGAUAUUCUUACCAGGAAUACUUGGUCCCAAUAGUUAUAGUAGAUUUCCGUCUCUGAACCGUCUUUUAUCCUAGAAGGAUGCAUCCUCCGGACCUCUUUUCACAUGCAGUAUGGUGUGGAGUAGGUAAGGGAUAGCAGAAAGGUUUCUGGUUUCCAUUUUGUAAUUCCAAUCGAGGCCUUAGUUCAGCUACCUUGAAUUUUUAUUCAAAAAAGAAGAACGAUAGAUAUUAUUUUCUGCAUUCACUUGCCUGUGCAUGAAUGCAUCUGCCAGGGUGCACAUGCGCCUGCAUCCAGGCUUCUGUGAUUGUUGUGACUGUUGAUAUGCUGAAUUAUGUAGAUGAACAAAGAUACAUCUUCUGCAUGGUGACCACAUACUGAUGAGUUUCUGUACUCUGAAUAAAAUGGAAUUAUGCAGCUGUUGUGAACUUGGUAGAUGGGCAGGGAGGACCUCGAGUAUCAUACUAUGGAGGCCGGCCAAUGUUCUGCUGGUAUGCGCUCGGGAUUAGCCGCAAUACAUCCUGCUACACCUACCUCGUGGGUCUAUUGCCUCAGCCUUGCAGCAAGAGAAUGUCAUCUGAAGACUUUUUACCAAACUUUUGCUAAAGGUGCUUGUUACGGCGCAUGAAUGGAUCACUUCAUGGAUUUCCUCCUGCUCCUAGAGGUUCUCCAAACUUGUCAUCGUUGCUGCCCUACUCGUAGGGAUGCCAACGAACUGAAUAUGGGCUUGAUCACGGUAGACAGAAUUUGUAUAUCGUAUCUGAUUCCAACCUUGUCUCGGGGUUUUAGCUGAACCUGAAACGCAGCAGUUCAAUUUAGAUCUGGAAGUUAUAUAAUCAUAUUGGUUUCA